CUACACAAUCUCUUUUUCUUCUCUUCUCUGCGCGUGACCAAAUUUACCCAUCCAACCAUUCCCACUUAAUUUAAUCCAUCUUUAAAAUCAUACUUAUUCAUGUAGUACCACUAUUCUAUGGAGUGCACACACAACGAGGCAUGAAUCCAAGGUGAAAAUGGAGGUGGGCUAGUGGGGGGUGCUGCUCAAGUUUCUCAAUCUCUAGGUAUUCCUUUCUUGCUAUACCCCUUCUUUAAUCAAGACUUCUUGUACUAUUUUAAAACCCUAAUCACUUAAACUCAAACUUCAACUUCAAACCAAGAAAAGACCAGAGAAACACAUAAACUUAAACUAAACAAAACAAAACAUAAACACCAAACCCCAAAUAUUGGGUUAUGCAAACCCAAGAACAAGAAAGUUUUGGAAAUUGAGGCAAAUGUCUUCCAUGGCUACCUCGAAUCCUCCCCACAUUUUCCCAUUAAUCCCCAAAACAACCACAACCCAUUUUCCACCACUGUCUUUCUCACUCACCACCCUCUUCCUCCUCCUCUCCUCCGCCGUCUCCGUCGCCGGAAACAACCCAGAAGCCGCCGCUCUUUACUCAUGGAUACACUCUGGUCCCUCCCCAACUCCGCCGCCUUUUUUCUCCACGUGGAACAUUCUAGAUCAAAACCCAUGCAGAUGGGAUUACAUUACAUGCACAUCCUCAAAUCAUGUCUCGGAGAUUGUGAUACAAUCUGUUCCACUUAAGUUCACUUCAUUACCAUCAAAUAUUUCUUCUUUUGAGUUUCUUACCAAACUUGUGAUUUCUGACGCCAAUGUCUCCGGCGCUAUCCCGCCGGAGCUCGGCGACUGUAGUGCACUCACUUUUCUCGACCUCAGCUCGAAUGCUUUGGUGGGGUCCAUUCCGGCCACCAUCGGAAAACUUCAAAAUCUCGAAGAUUUGGUUUUAAACUCAAACCAGCUCACCGGAAAAAUCCCAUUUCAGUUGAGCAACUGUACAAGCUUGAGGAAUCUUUUGGUGUUCGAUAACCGUCUCUCCGGGAACAUACCGUUGGAGCUAGGGAGACUUGUGGGCCUGGAGGCUCUCCGUGCCGGAGGAAACAAAGAUGUCACCGGAGAGUUACCGGAGGAGCUCGGAAACUGUGGGAAUUUGACUGUUUUAGGCCUCGCUGACACGAGGAUUUUCGGGUCGAUUCCGAGAUCAUAUGGGAACUUGAAGAAGUUGCAGACAUUGUCGAUAUAUACUACGAUGCUCUCCGGGGAAAUUCCGGCGGAGUUAGGUAACUGUACUGAGCUUGUGAACUUGUAUUUAUAUGAGAAUAGUCUUUCGGGUUCGAUUCCUGUUGAGCUUGGUAAUCUUCGAAAACUCGAAAAAAUAUUGUUAUGGCAAAAUAAUUUAAUUGGUUUAGUCCCUGAAGAGAUUGGGAAUUGUAAGAAAUUGAACAUGAUUGAUUUUUCUUUGAAUUCUUUAUCUGGGGUUAUACCAUUGUCAUUUGGGGGAUUGAGUGAGUUAGAAGAGCUGAUGCUUAGUAAUAAUAAUAUUUCGGGUUCGAUUCCUUCGAGUCUUGCCAACGCUUCGAGUCUUGUUCAGUUACAGCUUGAUACGAAUCAGAUUUCGGGGUUGAUUCCUCCUGAGAUUGGGAAGUUGAGGAAUCUUGAAGUGUUUUUCGCGUGGGAGAAUCAGCUUGAAGGGAGUAUUCCCAUGAGUUUGGGGUUUUGUAGUGGCCUCCAGGCACUGGAUUUAUCGCAUAAUUCAUUGACAGGGACUCUGCCUUCAGGGUUGUUUCAGUUGCAAAAUUUGACGAAGUUGCUGUUGAUUUCUAAUGAUAUUUCGGGUUCUAUACCGAAAGAAAUUGGGAAUGCUACUAGUUUGGUGAGGCUGAGGCUUGGGGAUAAUAGGAUAACAGGCGAAAUUCCUAGAGAGAUUGGUGGCCUUAAGAGCUUGAAUUUCCUUGAUUUUUCGGGGAAUCAUAUCACGGGGUCUGUUCCUGAUGAUAUUGAAAGCUGCACAGAGUUGCAAAUGGUGGACCUUAGCAACAAUGCACUAGGAGGUCACUUGCCUAAUUCCUUGUCAUCUCUGUCUGGUCUCCAGGUUCUGGACGUUUCAGGUAAUCAAUUUGUGGGUCCGAUCCCAGCAAGUUUUGGCCGGCUGGUAUCCUUAAACAAGCUUGUUCUUAGCAAAAAUUUGUUAUCAGGAUCAAUACCUUCGUCUAUUGGACUAUGUUCAAGUCUGCAGCUGCUUGAUCUUAGCAGUAAUGAGUUAGUGGGAAAUAUUCCGAUGGAGUUGGGAAAAAUCGAGGCACUUGAGAUUGCACUAAAUCUUAGUUGCAACAGACUAAGUGGACCAAUUCCAUCUCAGUUCUAUGCACUUAACAAACUGUCCAUACUUGACUUGUCACACAACAAGCUUGAGGGAAAUCUAAGCCCACUUUCAGGGCUUGAGAAUCUUGUGUCUCUCAACAUAUCCUUCAACAACUUCACUGGUUUUCUUCCUGACAAUAAGCUCUUUAGGCAGUUAUCAUCAACAGACCUAGCUGGAAACCAAGAAUUAUGUUUAUCUGGCCGGGAUUCGUGUUUCUCAAGCAAUGUUGAUGGAAAAGGAAUGGGAGAGAACAAAAACCAUGUGAGGACUUCAAAGACAAUUAAAGUAGCAAUUGCAUUGCUAGUCACCUUGACAAUAGCAAUGGUGGUCAUGGGUGCCUUUGCUAUAAUUCGAGCACGCAGAAGUAUUAGUGGAGAUGAUGAUUCGGAGAUGGGAGACUCAUGGCCUUGGCAAUUCACUCCAUUCCAAAAGCUAAAUUUUUCAGUAGAGCAAAUUUUGAGAUGCUUAGUAGAUUCCAACGUGAUAGGAAAAGGUUGUUCUGGAGUUGUUUAUCGUGCAGCAGUAAACAGUGGCGAGACUAUAGCAGUCAAGAAACUAUGGCCCUCAACAGUUGGUGGUAACAAUGGCUGCAACGAAGAAAAAUGUGUAGUCCGUGAUUCGUUCUCUGCGGAGGUUAAAACUCUUGGUACUAUACGACAUAAGAACAUUGUUAGGUUCUUGGGCUGUUGUUGGAAUAGAAAUACAAGAUUGCUCAUGUAUGAUUAUAUGCCUAAUGGAAGCUUAGGUAGUCUUCUACACGAGAGGAAUGGAAAUUCAUUAGAUUGGGAAUUGAGAUACCGAAUCCUAUUAGGAUCAGCAGAAGGCCUUGCGUAUUUACAUCAUGAUUGUGUCCCACCUAUUGUUCAUAGAGACAUCAAGGCUAAUAAUAUCCUUAUUGGUCUUGAAUAUGAGCCUUACAUAGCAGAUUUUGGACUCGCCAAGCUUGUCGAUGAUGGGGAUUUUGCUCGAUCCUCAAACACUCUUGCAGGUUCCUAUGGAUAUAUUGCUCCUGAAUAUGGUUAUAUGCUGAAGAUCACGGAGAAAAGCGAUGUGUAUAGCUAUGGUGUAGUUGUACUAGAAGUCUUGACAGGAAAGCAGCCAAUCGAUCCGACGAUCCCAGAUGGACUCCAUGUAGUGGACUGGGUAAGGCAAAAAAGAGGAGGGGCUGAAGUUCUAGCUCCAGGCCUGCUAUCGCGCUCUGAAUCAGACAUCGAGGAAAUGAUGCAAGUUUUAGGCAUUGCCUUACUAUGUGUAAAUGCCACCCCGGACGAAAGGCCUAACAUGAAAGAUGUAGCAGCCAUGCUCAAGGAAAUCAAACACGAACGAGAGGAUUAUGCCAAGGUCGACGCCCUGCUUAAAGGUUCUCCAGCAACAAAUGCCAAAGAAAAUAAAAACUGUCAAGGACUUCCAGCUUCUUCGUCGACGAAAGCAAUGAGAAGCUUGUAUCACACAAGCAAUAACACAAGCUUCUCAGCAUCCUCAUUGCUCUACUCAUCUUCAUCCAAUGGCAGGAUGGGAUUCAAAUGAUCAUGAUAAUAAUAAUAAAUCACAAACUAGCUAGUUUUAAUGAAGUUUGUUAUCUACUGUGUUAUGUUUCUCAGCUUUCAUAUCUGUACUGUGUCAGUAUAAUGUAAAAACAAGAAGUUACAGUAUUGUUAUAGUUACAAAUGAAUUGAUUGAUAUA